AUUUCCCUGCUUUCUUCAGCAGAGCACCAGAAGAGAUUAAAUACUGCCACGAUCUCCUGCACCAGCACACUCACACUCUCUGGAUCUUCUCCACACUCUCUGGAUCUUCUCCACACUCUCUGAAUCUUCUCCACACUCUCUGGAUCUUGCCAACACUCCUUGCAUUACAUCUACGGCCAGCAACUGCAAACAUCAUGACUCCUCUUCUCGCUCUGCUCCUGCACUGCUCCUUCGUGCUCGUCUCCUUUUCCUCACCGAUUAAACCACCAAGCUCACAAAACAGCAACUUUAAGUCGAACGUGCAGGACGCCCAGAGUUUAGCCAAUAAGAUGUUAAAGAAUAUUCCUGCAGUACACAAAUCAUGUGUACGAAAGACCUUCACAAAUGACCCCAGCAGUCUGGAAUACAUCAGGACGACACUAGCGAUUCCUUCUGCACCCAAACUCGCUCCCAUCUCAGAAACACACACUCUGGAGAUGAAUUUGGGCCGCAUGUCCGACGGUUUGCAGCUCCAUCAGCGUCUAUUGCAGGGAGUGAAGGAAAAAGUGGAUUGUUCUGGAGACCUAACACCGUUACUGGCUGAAAUCAGUGAGCUGAACACACACAUCAAAAAGGUGCAGGUGUUGGCUGGUGUUUCUGCUUCCACGCCUUCACCCAGCUCCGUCUCUGUCCUGUCUGAUCUCAGUAAAGAUGAUUAUAAGUUGAAUGUCGGUGUUCACCUGCUGCUGGAGCAGCUGCGUGUCUUCGCUCAGGAUACAGUACGCACCUUACGAGAGAUUCAACAUUCAAACUUGCACUUUUAACGCACAAAAAAACAACUUGUCUAGUCUUUACAUAAAGUGCUAUUUAUUUAUUUAUUUUGUGGAAAUUUAUAUUUGUAUAUUUAUUUUUGUACUGCAAACUUGAAUUGAUGCACUGGCUGGCACUAUACUGUAUAAGUGGAAACAUUGUUAUUCGUAAAUAUUUGCGGGAGUGGGGCUGAGUGGGGCAUAGCAGGGCAUUUGGGUACAUUUUGUCAAUAUUUUUUACAUUUUUUGCAUUAUAUUUAUAGAAAGAUACAGUAUAGUAAAUAAGUGAAAAUCUAUUUGUUUUUUAUUGUAUGUUAAUUAUUUAUUUUAAAUAUUUAUUUAUAUAUUCCUUCAUUUAUUGUAAUUGAUUCAGCAGCAGAUGUGUUGAUGUACAAAAUAAAACAUUAACUUAACGUUCUACAGUACAUUAAGAAUUUAACUUAUUGUAUUUUACACAUUUAUUACAGAUGUAUGAAGCUUAUAGCAAACCUGGAGUUUUAUCCAGUCUGUGAAAUAAAUAAUUUCUAUGGCAAUUAAAUAAAUAAAUAAAUGAAUAAAUAAAUAAAUAAAUAAACUACAUGAUGCACAGUGCUUUUAAUUCAUGCCACAUGUGAAAUAGUAAACUAUUUAUUAUUGUGGUUUAUUCUACAAAGCUGUGAGUGUGGAGUAACAUAGAAUAAAUAUAAUUUAAAUUUAAUAUGAACGAAGCAGGAAAGCAUUGCCUGUGUUUCAGUGCGGUUUCUAACACACCUUUAUUUACAACCCUUAUAUCACUCUUCCUCAUUCUUGCUUUCUCUCUCUCUCUCUCUCUCUCUCUCUCUCUCUUACACACACAUAUACACAGUUACUGGUAUUAUAAUUAAUUUAAAUAGAUUGAGAACUUUAAAACAAAUCGCAGUUGUUUAACAAGAACCUUAAAAAGAUCAUUGCAUCUUGAUUUCGCAGGUGAAGGUUAUGUCUUGCAGUGGACUUCCUGCUAGCAAUUUAGAAAUUUAAACCAAAUAUAACACCACCUUUUUUAAACAAAACAUUAGAAAUUGCGAAGAUUCGUGUAUUCUUUGAUUAGAAAUUUCCUGGUUAUUGGAGACCACCAGUCUACCAUUACGGACCAUAAGAAGCACACCAAACCUAUCAGGAACCAGGAAAUCUGUAAUAGUUUCCAUCAUGUAAUAAAAAACUGUUCAAUGGUUUCUAGUAUAAAAAACAUUUUCUAGUUGAUAUUAAACACCUCUAGGAAACCAAAAGUUUUAAUACAAUUUGACAAUCCAUUACAAACCAUUAUACAGAUCAUGUUCAUUUAAAUUAGAAUCUGGAAAGGCUGUAAUUGUUUCCAUUUGUUGUUAUAACACUAGUUAAAUGUGUGUUUAAAUUUAGAUUGAUUUCUGUUUAUUCCUUAUGAAUUAUCAGAUUUUAUUCUAAGCUUGAAGUUCUAUUGGGUUAUAGUGGAAUCUGCUGGAAACCAUUAUGAGAUAAAAAACAUUACAGAUUUUCUAAUAUAUAAUUGUUUGAGAUGUAUCUAUAGUCCAUACUGUCAGUUUAAUUUAAACAAAUAACCAGUAAACCCUAAAUAGAAUCCAUUAAGCCAUUCGCAAUUACAUGAUGGAAACC